UGUGUUAAGUGUUAUUACUCGGUUAGAACGAGUGGAAUUAGUCACAGGGAAGGCCGAAUUUAGCUUCACCCAAGGGUGAAUCAGAAUUAUCGAUUUGUUUGUGUGCCGAAGAAUGUAACAAGGCUGGUCAUUGUUAGGUGAAAAAUUCAAAGAGUCUAGGCGUUCUCAUCAGUAUUCACGGGGGGAGUUUGAACAAUGCCAAGUACGUUGCUGUUUGCGAAUAGCAAUGAAGGUCGCGUGUACGCCCUGUCAACGUCCGGAGCGGCCUGGCGUGAGUUCCUGUAUUUGGGGCUGGAGUUCAAGAAGAUCUCGGUAGUGCCACACUUUAUGUGGGCUAUCGGAGGGGAUCGGCAGGUUUACGUGCAUGUUCAUGGGCUGGAUAUACCGAUCCGGAUCAAGGAGGAAGCGUACGAGAAUGAGCGCUGGUUGCCGAUCGAGGGAUUCUCGAGCAGGUUGCUGCCGACGGAUCGGUAUCACUUCUCGAAUGUGGAUGGGACCGUCGACCGGAACAUUGACAAAAUUCGUCUUCCUUCGAUGGCGUGGCAGUGGGAUGGCGAGUGGCAACUUGACCUGACGCUGGACGGCCAGCCGCUGGACCACGAUGGAUGGACGUACGCGGUAGACUUUCCAGCGACGUAUCACCCGCAGAAGAACUGGAAGUCUUGCGUUAGACGCCGGAAGUGGGUUCGCUUCCGCAGAUAUUGCGCGCUGAACUCAUGGUGCGCUGUAGCACCACUUCAUAAAGAUCCCACCCAGGAACCGUUCAUUGACGUUGCCAUCAACGGAAGUAGCGUACCGGGAGCGGCUCCAGGACUGCUGCUCGUUUGGGCAGUAACUGCCCAUGGUCGGGUGAUGUUCCGCGCCGGAGUUAGCACGACGUCUCCCGAAGGUCUACGCUGGACUUCCGUAACUACUCCCUCGGGAUGUGAAGUGUCGCAGAUUGCCGUUGGACCUGCCGGACUAGUGUGGGCUUCGCUGUACAAUGGACGAGCUAUCGUGCGAGCUGGAGUUACGCGAGACGUACCCAUGGGCACCACGUGGCUUGAGGUUAAGCCCCCGGGCACGAAUCUAAAAAUCACGCAAGUCUCCGUGGGUACCAACUCGGUCUGGUGCGUCACCAACGACAACCACGUUUGGUUCCGCCGUGGAGUUCACGGCGAAGCAUCCGGAAUCUGCGAGGAUGCGGCAAUCGGUAGCGGUUGGGUCGAAAUGGUCGGCAACAUUUCGUACAUCUCGGUCGCUCCAAACGAUCAGGUCUUCGCAGUAGGAUCCGAAGAUCGCGCUCUCUACUUCCGCUCGGGAGUGUCCGCUACCGAUCCAACCGGGAAAAAGUGGCGCCAGAUUCAGCUACCCCUGCAGAUGAGCCGUACUUCCAGCAACUUUUCACUCUCAAGUCGUCGCAGCGGUAGCGAGUCUCCGUCUACCAAGCAUCGCAGCUUGAACAGCUUGUACCGGGAGAAGCUGCAGCAGGAGAACGCUUCACUGGUGGAGAACAACGAGGAAACGUCACGCUCCGCACCGAAUGUCAAUCCAAAGAAUCGCCCUGAGUUGUGGCACAAGCCGGAGAUAUCGCCGAGUGCGAUCGUCAGCAAGAUCGAGCCACAACACGUGGGAAGCUUGGUCGAGAAGAAGGUUACCAGGAAUCUUUCAAACGAAACGGUAGUGUCUUCCAGCGUUCCUCUGAACGAGAUUUACGAGAUCUCUGGGAAACAGCUGAAGAACGCCCGCGCCUGGAGUCCAGUGCGAAGCGUUGGUUCCGUCGUCGGUACCGAAGCACAUCCGGAAACGGACUCGAGCGUGUUCGAGGGUGAGAGUUCCCGCGACUCGGGCGUCUUCGGGGAGUACGAAGACCACGGUGGAUCGCAGAACUGGGCCGAGUGUGAGGUUCUGUGGGUUGGCUGCGCAGCCGGAGCCGUUACGGUGGAUCCGAACCAGCUGCCCAACUGGUUCAACGACAGCUUCGCCAACGCCAACCAGGAGGAGCUGACGCAGCCGUGGCGGGUAAGGAUUUUGGACGAUUUGAAGCUGCGGCCGCCGGGUUCGAUGAACACGAGCGAGUUUGCGACGUACGAGAAGGCGAUCGAGAUGUCUUCCUGGGUCAAGUCGGGCGAGGCUCGCGCUGCCAAAGCUGGACACCCGUUCGAGGACUGUCUGAUCGAGCUGGAGUGGGUGAACAACCAGGGAACGGGACCGGACUCGGGAACGCUGACCGUGCUGAACCCGGACGGGAUCACAACAAAGAUGCAAUUCUCGCUGUCGGAAAUCACGUGCGUAAUGUGCUGCAGCGAACCUGGAUCUGCACGGCUUGCGAUCCAUGCGCCACGACUUCCGCAAGGAUCUUCCCCGAUCAAGAUUCAGUUCAACGGGGACACCGACCUUGAGGAUUGGCUGUCCCACCUGACUUCCGUUUGUUGUCAGAUUAACGAGGUGCACGGAAAACCUUCGCCGCGCUCACAGUGGAUAACCUCGAACAACGGUGAUGUGUUUGUGUUUGAUCCGACGAACCUGGAGGCUUCCCAGGCGAAAACAGACGAAGGGAACUUCCAGCAAAAAAUUGACGUUUCGGCGGCUGAGACGCCUUACUUGACGGCGCUGAAUAAUGGCAUGAUCAUCGGCUCGCGGCUGGAGAUCAGCGGGUUCGUGUACGACGACGCCGACCACAUCCGGUUCGAUCUGCAGAGCCACCCGACGGUGCGCGUCCGGCACAAGAUGGAGUCGCAGCGCAACAUCUCGCUGCACAUUAACCCGCGCUUCAACGAGCGCAUUACGGUGUUCAACUGCAUGGAGGGUUCGCACUGGAACGAGGACGAGCGGCGGGAAGGCCGGAUGUUGUUCGCGACGGGGGCGGAGUUUAAGCUGGAGAUUCGGAGCGAAGCGGAUGGCUUUCGGAUUACCGUGAAUGGGCAGGAUUAUCCCAAGUUCAAGUACAGGAACGGGCUGGCCCCGGAUACGAUCUACAGUUUGUACAGCAGUGGUCGGGUGAAGAUCUUUACGAUUGUGUACGAGAGUCCAAAGUUGAUCAUCCCGUUGAGGGAUGUGUUUUGGCGUCAGAUUGGUGGUCAUCUGAGGCGGGUGCAGUCCUGUAAAGCUGGGGUUGUUUGGGGAAUUGGGUACGACAAUACGGCAUGGGUUUACACGGGGGGUUGGGGCGGAGCUUUUCUGAAGGGACUUGAAACUAGUAAUCAGGGAAUAAAUCCAAUGACAGACACCCAUAACUAUUAUAUUUACGAGAAUCAACGGUGGAAUCCGCUGUCCGGCUUCUCGACUACGGGAUUGCCGACGGAUCGUCACAUGUGGAGUGACAUUACGGGGAAGCACAAACGAAGCAAGGAGCAUACCAAGCUUCUGUCGAUGCACUGGCAAUGGGUUAGCGAUUGGUUGGUGGACUUUCACAACCCGGGUGGGGUAGACCGGGACGGUUGGCAGUACGCGGUAGACUUCCCAGCUAGUUACCAUGCCAAGAAACUGUUUACGGACUACGUUCGUAGGAGACGAUGGUACCGGAAGUGUCGACUCACGACAAACGGACCGUGGCAAGAGGUGGGCAACACCAGGAUCGUAGACGUGACUCUUCAACCGGACAGCGAUGAAGUGGACUGUAGCAUUACGGUGUGGGCCGUUGCGGCCAACGGAGACGUGCUGUACCGUCGGGGAGUCUCGCAGUCACAGCCGGCGGGAAUGUGUUGGGAGCACGUGGCCUGCGAUCAGCCGCUAGUCAGUAUUAGUUGCUACGAGAACAAGGUAUGGGCCGUCGGCAAGAACGGUUCCGCGUACUGGCGGUGCGGAAUCUCGCGGGACAACCCCAGCGGUAACAAGUGGCAACCGGUGGAACCGCCCGGAGGCGUCACCUUCAAGCAGAUCUCGGUCGGAAAGGCCGGCAUCUGGACGGUGGACACGUGCGGGCGGCUCUCGGUCCGGAAGGAAAUAACCGCCACCUUUCCCGAGGGUAGCCACUGGCAGUUGCUGGCCAACAUCCAGAACGAUCCACCGCACUACGAGGGAAACGUUGGCUUCAAGAACGUUUCCGUGGGCGAGCACGUCUUUGCGGUGUCCCAGUCUGGGUUCAUUUGCAAGCGGAGUGGAAUCAGUGCCGACAAUCCGGCUGGGACGGGAUGGACGCUGGGAAUUCAGGCAAACUGGCACUACGUCUGUGCGAAUGGAUUCUCCGACUAAGUAAGCUUCAAAACCAAAUCUCGUGUAAAAGGCCAUCUCACCGUAACUAUAUUUCAUAAUUAAUCCUACUCGACAAGUCUCUUUGUGAUGUUUCUUAGAUAUUAACCCCGCCCGGUUGGCUGGCUAGAAGCAGACAAGUGUAUUUAACUUACCCUUAAUCCUAAUCAAGCUUGAAGGCCGAUUGUGUCUAGCGACUGCUAUAGUCAUGCAUGGUUCAAUAAAGUUAUGGCGAAAAAUUAAGCAUA